CUUAUUAAGUCAUUAACUGCAAUCAAAAUCCUUUCAGGUCGAUAUUAUUAUUCCUGUUUUAUGAAACAGGGGAAAGGCGAGCGAGCAGCACUCAAUACUUGCUUCGGCCACUGACUCAGCUGUGGCCCUGGGUUUUGGCCUUAGGUGCCAGCUCUAGGCCCGAAUACGCUACUGCGGCUCCUUCUGGAAGUCAGAGCUGAGUCUUGUUCUAAUUUCUACAUAGCGGAGGUGAAAAGCUCCAUCAGACUGAGGCUGGUCCUCACUCUGGCACUGACUGGUUUGUAUUCCCCAAAGGGUUGGGCUGCAAUUCCAGGGAUUAAAGGGGUAACCAAGGACCUGGGGGCAGAGAACGGGCGAUUCUUAGGGACCAGGUUACUUCUGUUACGGCAUGUGUGCGCUGCGGGCUGUGUCCAGAACAGUUUUAUUUUGUAGCUCUUGGAGCCUUUUGUAACCCAAGUCAUCUGAUUGUAGAGCUUGUUAGUUAUCCGGUGUCUUCUGUCCAUAUUUAUGCGACACCAUUGAAUGUUUUCCCAGGUUUACUUCAAAAACAAGCUGAAGUUGGCCCUCAUCGGCCAGAGUCUCUUUGGACAGGAAGUUUACAGCCACCUGCGCAAAGAAGGACACCGAGUCGUGGGGGUGUUCACGGUUCCAGAUAAGGACGGAAGGGCUGACCCCCUGGCUUUGGCUGCACAGAAGGAUGGAACACCUGUGUUCAAGUUCCCCAGAUGGAGAGUCAAGGGCAAGACUGUCCAGGAGGUGGCGGAGGCCUACAGAGCUGUAGGGGCGGAGUUGAAUGUGCUUCCCUUCUGCACACAGUUCAUCCCCAUGGACAUCAUUGACAGCCCGAAGCACGGCUCCAUCAUCUACCAUCCGUCCCUCCUGCCCAGGCACCGGGGUGCAUCUGCCAUCAACUGGACUCUGAUUAUGGGAGAUAAGAAAGCUGGGUUUUCUAUUUUCUGGGCUGAUGAUGGUUUGGACACAGGGCCCAUUCUUCUUCAGCGGUCAUGUGAUGUGAAGCCCAAUGACACAGUGGACAUGCUUUAUAAUCGAUUCCUCUUUCCUGAAGGAAUCAAGGCCAUGGUGGAAGCUGUGCAACUCAUAGCAGAUGGGAACGCUCCUCGUAUCCCCCAGCCAGAAGAAGGGGCAACAUAUGAAGGUAUCCAGAGAAAGGAAAAUGCUGAGAUUCGCUGGGAUCAGACUGCUGAAGUUUUACAUAACUGGAUCCGAGGUCACGAUAAAGUCCCUGGAGCCUGGGCUGAGAUAAAUGGACAGAUGGUGACUUUCUACGGCUCCUCGUUGCUGAACAGCUCUGUGCCUCCCGGGGAAGCCCUGGAUAUUAAAGGCGCCAAGAAGCCAGGGCUUAUUACCAAGAAUGGACUUGUUCUCUUUGGCAGUGAUGGGAAAGCGCUGAUGGUGAGAAAUCUGCAAUUUGAAGACGGGAAAAUGAUCCCCGCCUCCCAGUACUUUUCGGCUGGGGAAUCCUUGGCCUUGGAGCUCACCGUGGAGGAACAGCAAAUGGCGGAGACGAUCCAGGCCAUCUGGGCUGGAAUUCUGAGCAAUGUCCGAGCCAUCGAAGCCUCCACGGACUUCUUCAGAUCUGGGGCGAGCUCGAUGGAUGUGGCGAGGCUGGUGGAAGAGAUCAGACAGAAGUGCGGUGGCCUCCAGCUCCAGAACGAAGACGUCUACCUGGCCACCACAUUUGGAGACUUCGUGCAGAAGGUGGUGAGGAAGCUGAGAGGAGAGGACCAGGCGGCUGAGCUGGUCGUGGACUAUGUGUCCAGGGAGGCCAACGACAGGACACUGAGGAUGCCGCACCAGUGCUUCAUCGCCGGGGAGUUCGUGGAUGCGGAGGAUGGGAGGACGUACGACACGGUGAACCCAGCCGACGGCUCUACCAUAUGCAAAGUAGCCUAUGCUUCUUUGGCCGAUGUCGAUAAAGCAGUAGCGGCCGCGAAGGAAGCCUUUGAAAACGGCGAAUGGGGAAGGAUGAACGCCAGAGAGAGGGGACGGCUGAUGUACAGACUGGCAGACCUCCUGGAAGAGAACCAAGAGGAGCUGGCCACCAUCGAAGCCCUGGACUCAGGGGCCGUCUACACCCUGGCACUGAAGACUCACGUUGGGAUGUCCGUGCAGACUUUCAGAUACUUUGCUGGCUGGUGUGACAAAAUCCAGGGGUCUACGAUUCCCAUCAACCAGGCUCGUCCGAACCGCAACCUCACCUUCACCAAGAAGGAGCCCAUCGGUGUCUGUGCCAUCAUCAUCCCCUGGAACUACCCACUCAUGAUGCUGGCCUGGAAGAGCGCCGCAUGCCUGGCUGCAGGCAAUACCUUGGUGCUUAAGCCGGCGCAGGUCACACCCCUGACAGCUCUGAAGUUCGCCGAGCUGUCCGCGCGGGCAGGCUUCCCAAAGGGGGUGAUCAACAUCCUCCCUGGCUCAGGGGGCGUGGCAGGACAGCGCCUUUCUGAGCAUCCUGAUGUCCGAAAACUCGGGUUCACGGGUUCCACUUCAAUUGGCAAACAGAUCAUGAAAAGCUGCGCUGUGAGCAACCUGAAGAAAGUCUCCCUGGAGCUGGGCGGCAAGUCCCCGCUGCUCAUAUUCAGCGACUGUGAGCUCGACAAGGCCGUGCGAAUGGCCAUGGGUGCUGUCUUCUUCAACAAGGGAGAGAACUGCAUCGCCGCUGGGCGGCUGUUUGUGGAGGAGGCCGUGCACGAUGAGUUCGUCACAAGAGUGGUGGAAGAAAUAAAAAAGAUGAAAAUCGGUGAUCCGCUUGACAGAUCUACUGACCAUGGGCCCCAGAAUCACAAGGCCCACCUGGAGAAGCUGCUGCACUACUGUGAAACUGGAGCCGAGGAGGGGGCCACCCUGGUGUAUGGGGGGAGACAGGUCCAACGGCCAGGCUUUUUUAUGGAACCAACCGUGUUCACAGAUGUGGAAGACCACAUGUUCCUCGCCAAAGAGGAGUCCUUUGGGCCCAUUAUGGUCAUUUCCAAGUUCCCAAAUGGGGACAUUGAUGGCGUGCUACAGCGAGCAAAUAACACGGAGUAUGGUUUGGCCUCAGGGGUUUUCACAAGAGACAUAAACAAAGCCAUGUAUGUGAGUGAGAAACUUGACGCGGGGACCGUGUUUAUUAACACGUACAACAAGACCGACGUGGCGGCCCCGUUUGGCGGCGUCAAACAGUCCGGCUUUGGGAAAGACUUAGGUGAGGAAGCCCUAAAUGAAUACCUCAAAACCAAGACGGUAACGCUGGAGUACUAGACAGUGUGCUCGCCUGGAAACCUUGGCGUCUCACCUGUCCACAAGAGGCGACGGGCCCAGCCAUGAGCCCAAAAGCACAUCCAUGGUGGACAGGGAGGGCCAGGCCAUUGUCAGCAUUUACACACGUGCCUGGGUGUUUUCUCACCCCGUUUCCUGCCUUCCAGUGAUUUGCAGUUGAUGAGUUUGACUGUGUAGUGUGGCCUGCCUUUCUCAGAUACCCACGUACCUUUUCCAGCAAAGACUCGCCGACCCCUAGUGUCCACUUGAAAAUGUCAGCCUCGUGGGCUGGAUGCACACGGUGCCUUUGUCAGACUGUGCGUGCUAUCGGAGCCAUAGAUGUGGGUUGUGAAAACGCUUCUCCAUAAUGCUGCUUUCUAGGAGCAGUCCGCCCAGAAGGGAUGUGAGGGAGUUCUGAUUUGUGUUGCGUUAGGAUGCAUCUUUGUGCUUUUUACCCUCGUGCGGGCUCACUGGCCCACAGACACUGCUUGAGUAUUUCUACCAACCAGGGAGGUGCUGUGUACGUUCUGAGCAUACAGAAAUUAAUGACAUGAUCUUGGGUCCCAUGAGGUUUAAAUUCUAAUAAACAGCUUUUAUUACGGUGAGUCUUACAGUAAGAUAACAGAAAGCCUCUGA